AUGGGGAAAGAUAUGAGCAAUGACCAGGUUUCCUCAAUGAAAGAAGCCUUCACACUCUUCGAUACAGACGGCGACGGCAAGAUCGCCCCGUCUGAGCUGGGAAUUCUGAUGCGUUCACUUGGUGGAAACCCGACUCAGGCCCAGCUCAAAUCCAUAAUUGCUGAGGAAAAUCUGAAUUCCCCGUUUGAUUUUAAUAGAUUUUUCGACCUGAUGUCCAAGCAUUUGAAGCCGGAGCCGUUUGAUCGCCAGCUAAGGGAUGCGUUCAAAGUGCUGGACAAGGAUGGGACUGGAUCCGGUACGAGGACUUCAUUGCCCGCAUGGUUGCCAAGUGAGAAGCAAUUUCACCCGCCGUGUAGUCUGAAUGGUUGUAUUGUGCAUUUGGAAGAGCAGGAACCUGUCCUUUUCUUAGAGCAGUUUUUCAUUUGUGCAGUUUCAUUUGCCCACAUAAUUCUGUUAUCUUGCCUUUCAUUCGUUGACGGACAAUUUAUUGUUUGGAAGUUUGAAGGAAUAUUAUGUUAUGUUUCCCGCAAUUUAAACCCGUAG